GUAAACCCGUCGAAUUCACAUCCCCAAACUAUAACUUUGAAGAAGAAAAAAAAUGGUCGCCGACGCCCUCGUCUACCACCCCGCGGUCUCGCACUACCUCAAAUUCGUCGCCACCACCGUCGGCCGCGACAAGCUCCUGCGUCUCUUGCAGUACUUUGCCCGCUUCUACGCCUGGUACCUGCUUCGCACCAACAAGCCCGCCUCGGCGAUCCAGCCAUGGGAGACGAUGAAGAAGCAGUUUGGCCUGGUGCGCAAGGUCAUGCGCGCGGGCAAGAACGUCGAGCACAUCAAGGCCGCGGCGGUGGCGGCCGACAGCAAGAACGGCGAUCCCAUUCUGCGGUACCUGGCGGUCGGCCGCCAGCUCGGUUAUGCGGGUUAUUUGACGUUUGAUCUGGGUACCUUGCUGGAUGCGACGGGGAUUCGCAAGACUGAGAGCGCGAAGAGGCUGGCGAGGGAAAGCCAGAGGUUCUGGGUCAUGGGAUUGAGCUGCAGUGUGAUUGCGCAGGCGUACACGCUGUGGAGGUUGAGGCAGAGGGAGGCGCGGGUUGAUCGCAAGGAGGGCGAGGGUGUAGUGGAGGCCAAGAGGAUUGAGGUCGAGCGCGCCGCCAGCCGUAUUCAGCUUACUUCGGACCUUUGCGACUUGACUGUUCCCUUGUCGGCCCUUGCCUGGGUCAACUUCGAUGAUGGCAUCGUCGGUCUUGCUGGUACCCUCAGCUCUCUACUCGGCAUUUACACCCAGUGGAAGAAGACUGCUUAGAGGGCAGGUUCUACAUGAUGAUGAAGAAGAGUCACUGCUACGCAUGAGGAGGAGGAAAAUGGGGUCUUGUUGAUCUACGAUGAGAUGAUGGGAGGUUCAAUGUUCAAUGAUGAAGAUGGAUAUAUCUUUUGGGUGGUUUACUGGGACAACAGCACGCGUAAUUUGUUUGACUCAUUUUCCCUUCUAACGGUGUCAUGUUUGUUGAUAAUGUGGCAGCCUUCAUGAUCGGAUUUAUUUUAUUGUUGUUAACACCUUUG